AUGCCUGAGGUCGGGGUGACGGCUAAAGCUAAAGUCACCAAGAAGCUGUCCAAGAAGUGGAGGAAAUCUCACAAGCAGCGCUAUUCCACUUAUGUGUGCAGGGCGCUGAUCCAGGUCCACCCUUCCACUGGGAUCUCAUUCAAGGACAUGAGUGUUAUGAAAUCCUUCAUUUUUGACAUUCUCGAGCGCAUUGCCUCCAAGGCCUCGCACCUCAUUCACUGCAACAAGUGCCGCACCAUCUCGGGCAGGGUGAUCCAGAGCGCUGUCCGCCUCUUGCUGCCAGUGGAACUGGCCAAACAUGCUGUGUCCGAAGGCACGAAAGCAGUCUCCAAGUACACCAACUCCAUUUAG